AUGAAGCCUAGCCUUCUGCUCCUCGCCGCCGCCUCGGGCGUGCUGGGCUCUCUCAACUGCACGACGACCGGCCCCCUCAUCAGCUACUGCUGCCCGAACACCAACUCCGAGUCGGUCAAGACGUCGCCCGUAGGGGCCCUGAUCAUGCUGGGCUGCGCCGCCGACCGAACGAACAAGAACUGGUACUGGAACUGGAACGGCCUGUACACGCCGUACACGACGCAGUUGCGCGACUGCUACCUCGGCAACAUGGCCUUCAACGACCUCAAAGGUAUGUCCACUCGAUUUGAUUCACCGAGUACGAAAACAGCAGCUCGUGCUGACGAAACAGUCCUCCCCGACUGCAUCGACGACCAGUUCGUCCUCGACUACACGCGCGGCCGCUCCGGGCCCCUCGACGCCUGCAACCCCAACUGCGUCAGCCAGAACAAGUUCCCGCCCGACGUCUACUACGGCGACAAGCAGACGGGCCACAACAUGGCCGUCGACUUUCCCCGCCCCGGGGCGCCGCCGGGCCCCGCACCAGGACCGGGUCCCGGCCCCAGCCCGGGUGUGCCGCCGACGAUCCCGCCCGGCGUGCCCCCGACGGUGCCGCCGCCGGGGGGCAGCUGCGCCGGGCUGUGGGGGCAGUGCGGCGGGCAGGGGUGGAACGGGGCCAAGUGCUGCUCGCAGGGGACGUGCCGGGCGCAGAACCAGUGGUAUUCGCAGUGUGUGAACUGA